AUGACAAUGCUUUCGAUAGUCUGUACUAAAUUACUUUGUACGAAUGCACAUCUCGGCCGUCGGGUAGCUGAUCACCAUUUCAAAGUCUAUAUCCGUGGUUCAAGAAAUGGAAUUGCUAUUCUCGAUUCAGACAAGACACUGAUUUGUUUACGAAACGCUCUUCAUUUUAUAGGAUCUCCCAGUCGUCAAAAAGGCCGUUCCUUCUUUUUAAAGACCAAUCAUUUAUUUAUUUAUGAGAUAACGGAAGAAAUGGCGAGCUAUUUAAGAAGCUAUUUAAGAAAUGUGAAUUCUCAUUGUUUCGAUGAUUCUCAAUGGAAGAUCGGGGCGUUUUUGACCAAUUCUUUUGCAAAUAAAAAAAAAUUCCGUUCAAGAAAGAAGAAGAUCAAUUUUGGGUUGAACCAACAACCUGAUUGUGUGGUUAUUCUGAAUGCAGAUAGAAAGUCUUCGGUCAUACUGGAAGCUGAUCGAUCACAAAUACCUAUUCCAUCCUUAGUUGAUUCUACGAUCCCAUGGGAAUCCUAUAAAAGAAUCACUUAUCCCAUCCCAGCGAAUGAUCCUAUACAGUUCGUAUAUCUAUUUCGUCAUUCGAUCAUGAAAACAGUGAUUCUUGAACAGAAUGCGAUUAGUAGAGAAGCGCAAUCUCUCAGAGUCACUUUGAGUACGGGGAAGUCCGCAGGAGGGAUGAGAUCCGCCUGCUACUCCACCUCUUCUUCUUCCCCAAUAGACGAAGAAGAAAAUAGGGCCAAGGCGCUAUUGGAGAUGCGCAAAAAAUAUCCAUCGGGAGAUGGCGCUGACGCUGACGCUAACGCUCGCAAGGCGGUUUUGCAGGCAAUUUCACAAAAUAGUUUUUUUUUCGUUGAGCUCAUAACCCGGUUUGGGCCGAUUGACUCUGAGAGCGAUCGAGGGGUCGCGGGCUCACACCUUGCUUUUGCGCAUAGGAUCGAAGAGAUCCUAGAAUUUCAUGGAAAGAGCAGCGGCUCUCUGAAAGACCUCAUUGAUCUGAAAUUGGAUUUGGAAGACGCCUCUAAAAGAGAGGAGAUUCUACUUCCAUAUUUUUCCUCCAAAAAAGAGGCAAAGUCCUAG